AUGAUACAUACGACACCCUAUAGAAAACUGUCAUAACCCCAGUCAUUGACCAGUCCUGCCUAGAACCACACCCACAGAGCGUUCAGCCAUUUCUCCUGUGGUUCUCAGCCUGCAGCACAGCGUCUGCAGGUGGGACUCUGGGAUGCUGACCUACAGUCCGAGUUCUCGUGCCCCUGCCUGGGGCUGACUCUCUACUUGACCUGUAACCCACAACUGGGCACGAGAAAAUCCUGCAGCCACAGCUCUGAGGACAUGAGCAAAAUGGUUUCCAGACAGAAUGUCAAGGAUUCCCAGGAAGUGUCAGGGAGUCUUCAGGCCACACUUGAGGUUAUCUCAUGCUCUUUCCCUUUUCUGCUUCACUCUUGCUCUCAUCCUCUUUCUCACCCUGAAUCUGGUCAGCGGAGAUAGGAAGGUACUUGUUACCUGGUACAGGACAACUUUUGGAAUCCCAGAUAUUCAGAUUAUUUCCCCUUUUCCUCUUUGUAAAUGAUAACACUCACAGCCAAGAGGCACAACCCAGAUCGGAGGCUGCUUCUCCUUAGGACUUGCAGAGAGAAGGAGAAGGCGGGCCUGGCAGCCUCCAGCCCACAGGCUCCCUUUCUUCUCCUGGAGAUGAUUAACCAGGCGAGAACAAUGGAGAUCUGCAGCAUGUGCUGGUGUGCGAGUGCCUCCUCUCUGCCAGCAGGACUGAUCAGACGCUCCCCAUCUGUCCUAUAUUUACUAAGGCCAACUAUGAAUGACUAAAAGGAGAAUGAGAAAAGUCACCCAGAGUCAAAGGGAAUAGCAUGGGAGACUGUUCUAGAUAGAAGGAAGCACCUUUGCAAAGGCCCUGAGGAAGGCAGAGCACGCUCAAGGGGCAGAAGGGCUAUGUUGCCUCACAAUCCACAAGAGAGAGAAGGUGGGGAAGCGAG